AUGAAGAGCGAGGAGUUGCAGAUUCUCCCCGAGCAUCUGGCAGCAGAGGAGCAGUGCACCAAGAACAAGGCAUCACAGGGUUCCACUCGCCUGGAGAGCCGCAAGGGGGCAGAGGUGGAGGCAAAAUUGUCAGAGGCCGCCUGGAUGUUGAAGCAAGAAAGCCGCAGAGUUUUCUCAGAGCUCAUGAGCCUGAAAAAGCGCAAGCAGCAGUUCGAAGAGGGUCAGGUUGCAGCUGCAAGGGCCAUCACGCAAAAGGCAAAUAUCGUGUAUCAGAUGCUGCGCAAAGUGCAUGCCAACUUCCAGCGGGUAUUCAGCGAGAUGGCCCCUGGACUUGUGGGCCUCGGAGAUGUGCUGGGUGAGCACAUCGACAUGACAGUGGUGGCCUUGAGCUUGGUGUUUGCCAUCCAAAAGCUUGCGCGUGGUCCCUUCUACUUGCUGGACGAAAUCGACACAGCACUGGACGCCUUCUACCAUACGGUGCUGGCCCACAAC